AUGAAGCAGAGUUCGAAGCAUGGUUCAGAUGCAGCAGGGGAUGGGGAUUCCGAUACGGGCCAUGAUGAAGCUGAUGACGAUGUCCCCUCGUUAAAGAGGAGCCGGAGUGCCGUAGCUGUGAAUCCCGAAGAGGUUUCAAGCGACGAGGAUGAUAUUCCAGUGCGCUCCUCAGCAUUGAAACGCCGUCAAGUCUUCCGUCGUCCUUCUUCCCCUGUCCAGGUUAACUCUGACUCCGACGAGGAAGAAGUGGAAGAGGAGGAUGACUCGGACGUGCCCCGAAGUGCAAGAAGGCGAGGCACCAGGCUAUCAAAACAGCCACGACCUAGUCUGCGAGAGCUAUGGGAGGAAGCGGAUUUGGCCGAGGAUCUCGAAUUUCUUGAGUCUUCGCCUCCUCCAGCGCCUCACAGUCGUGGUGCGCGGUCAUCACAGGCAACGCCGAAGAAAAGCAAGAAGUUAUCUGCCCUCGAAGAGCUUCGUCGGCGCCGACAGAGGCAAAUUGAGCCAAGUGCAAACUUGCCAGUACCUCUCGUCGACGAAGACGAAGAUGAAGGCUUGGAAGAGGAAGAGGACGCGGAAAUUGUCGACUACAAUGGAGAAGACGAUGUUGAUGAAGAGGAUUUCAUCGUCGAAGACGAUCCCGACGAUCCGCUUGGCGCGCCUGAGAUGCCCUUGCAAUUCACCAGAAUGGGCACCGCAAAGGCCAAAGACUUAUUCCAGCAUGCGGUUGCUUGGAUGGUGCAUAAGAAAUUGAACGCCCGAUUCCGCAUGGACGAUGAAAUCUAUCAGCUCACCUUCCGUAAACUCAGCGACGAAGUCAAGGGUCUGGCUGGCAGUAAGUUUAUGAGCUCGAUCUGGAGACCCGAUUUCACUCGAGCAUUGCGCUCUCGGCCAGGAAUUAUCAUGGAAAACGUGGGCAUCGAGGCUAUGGCGCAUUGUGAAGCCUGCAAUCGAAAAUCCCACCCAGCGACUUGGACCGUCCGUUUCGAGGGCAAGCCUUAUGACCCGGAGACUCUCGACGAGCUCUACCUCAAAGACAGUAGCUCAAGUUCUGAAGAUGACGAGGAAGGAUCGAAUGAACAACGGAAAAUGAAGGCUCGAGGGCCUGAUUACGAUGCACAAGGCAACGAACUCCCUCCCGAGCGGAAGUUAUUCUACGUGGGCGUCCACUGCAAAGCCAAUGCGACCACGGCGCAUACACUGACGCACUGGAAAAUCCACCUCUACGAAUGGGUGGUGGACUACUUGGCUCAGAAGGGUCAUUUAGCCGCCGAGAAGAUCGUCGACCGUGAUUCCUGGAGCGACCGAAAGAAGGAGAAGUUCGCGAACCGGGUUGCGAAAGGGAUGGUGGACGAUGGCGAGGUGAAGAGGCUGUAUCGCGAUUUCCAUCAUAAUGUGGACGAUGCGCGGGAUGCAAAGCAACAAUACGGCCGCUGGGGACACUGA